GAACACAUUUAUUAUUAGUUUAUUUUAAAUUACGUUCAUCAUUCAAUUUUAAUGAGACAAUUCUAGAUAGAAUUAAAGUUUUAAGAUAGAAGAUCUGCCAAUUGUUGGGGACGAACCACCUAUAAUUGGACUAAACGUUUUAUACAGAUAAGACUGCUUUUCAUAUGUAUGUUGUGUUUUAAAUAAUAAUACAGUUUGUUAAACGAAUCAUCUUAAAAUGUCAGAAAAAGAAAGUCCAGUUAAAUAUUUUAUAAGUGGAGGUUUUGGUGGAAUAUGUACUGUUAUAUCAGGACACCCUCUCGACACGAUAAAAGUUCGUCUCCAAACUAUGCCAGUACCUGGUCCAAAGGAAUUGCCCUUAUAUAGUGGAACACUAGAUUGUACUAGGAAAACAAUAGCACAAGAAGGAAUACGUGGUUUAUAUAAGGGUAUGGGUGCACCUUUAUGUGGUGUAGCUCCAAUAUUUGCUAUAAGUUUUUAUGGAUAUGGACUUGGCAAGCAGUUAAUAAGAAAAACAGAAGAUGAACAACUAACUCCUUUAAAGUUGUUUUAUGCUGGAGCAUUUAGUGGUAUUUUUACAACCAUUAUAAUGGCACCAGGUGAAAGAAUAAAGUGCCUUUUACAGAUACAACAAAAUGACAUAAACCCAAAGUAUAAAGGACCAAUUGAUUGUGCCAAGCGGCUUUAUAAAGAAGGAGGAAUAAAAAGUAUCUAUAAAGGUACUUGUGCCACUCUUUUGAGAGAUAUUCCUGCCAGUGGAAUGUAUUUUAUGACAUAUGAAUGUUUAAAAAAUUGGUUGACUCCUGAUGGAGGUAAUAUAGGAAUAGGAGCUACAAUUGUAGCUGGUGGUUUUGCUGGUAUUGCAAAUUGGAUUGUUGGGAUGCCACCUGAUGUAUUAAAAAGUCGUUUACAAAGUGCCCCAGAAGGAACGUACAAACGCGGAAUUCGAGAUGCUUUUAUAGUUUUAAUGAAAGAAGAAGGACCAAAAGCACUUUACAAAGGAGUUACACCUGUAAUGCUGCGUGCGUUCCCGGCAAAUGCAGCAUGUUUCCUCGGAUUUGAAUUUGCAAUGAGUUUGUUGAAUUUAUUAGUGCCUGGCCUAUAAUGUGAAUUUUUGUUAAGUUUUUAAACUAAGCAAUUUAUGAGACCUUUGUGUCUCAACUGUGUUCCUACAGUAUUGGUUAUUAAACCAAUCCGUCAUUAGACGGAUAGACUAUGUAACAGUAUAUUUUUAUAUGAAACGUAAUUGAAAAUAUUGAACAACGAUAUUUGUU